CGGGAUCGGGAACGCGUUUCGAAAAAUUCGAAUCCAACCGGAGGAGACGGAGAAGCCGGGUGGCAAGGGCACGGAGGCGCUGACCGAGAAAGCCGCGGAAGAGCUCGCGGAGGAGAUCGCGGCGCAGCGAAGGGAGACCCUCACCGCGACGCUGCGUAUGGCGGACGAUCUGUGCGGUCUCUCCGAACGGCUCGCGAAGGCGCCCGUGGAGGGAAGGCAGCAAGGUCUUCGCGACGGGAUCAGACAAGUCAGCGACGGAUUAGUAGAGGGCCACACCCCGGGCGCGGGCGUGAUCUUCCCCAUGGGCGGCGUCGACUCCAGGGUCGUUCGCAUACCCGCGGAAGAGGCGGUGCUCCUGAACUCGCGGGAGAAGGCGCCGUACCUCCUGUGCCUCGAGGUCGUCUCCCCCGACGGCGCCGAGGGCGCGAGCGACGAGGGCGGGUCCUCGCCGACUGGCAGCAUGGAGAGCAUGGUGAUCCACGACGACGAGAGCGGGCCGUCCUGGGGCGCGUCCCCGACCUCGGCCGCCUCGCGAGCCGAGGAGAGCCGCGCGGAGGCGGAGAAAAUCCUCGCCGCCGCGAUGGGCGCGGAGGGCGCGCCGGCGGCGAGGAGCAUGAAGCCGCCGCUGGAUCCGUCGCUGUCUUCGCCGACCGCGGCAGGAGGGCUCGCGGCGAACAAGGAGAAGUCGUCCGACGGCGAGCAUCACAUCUUCCUCGGCGGCGCCGCGAGCGUCGUCUCCGCGCACCACAGGACGGAGUCGUUCGUGAACAUCUCGCAGAAGGUGGACCAAGCGCUCGCGGGGGUGUGGGACGGGCCGGACGAGCCUACGGUGCGCGUGUCGCUCGCGGUGAUGGACGCGAGAGGCGGCGGAGGCCGGUCGUCGCGGUCGAGCAGCCAAGGCGGCGAGAGCGACGACGGCGGCAAAAGCGGCGAACACGUCCGCGUCACUGUGUUCGUGGAGAACCCGCUGGGGAGGAAACCGCCGGGGGUGAAGUCACCGCCGCAUCAACGGACGCCCUCCGACGUCGGCCUGAUGGAGAUGGCGGACUUUGUGCACAAGCAGUCGUGGGCGCCGCCUGCGGACGCGAGGGACGUCACCGCGCUGCCGUCGCCGACGGGGGCGGAUGGGGAGACGACGCCGACGAAGGGGGGCACGCCGAGGGACAGCGUGAACGGCGGCGUGCCGUCGCCGUGGAAGCGAAGCGCGGGUGGUUUGGGCGAAAACUGGGUGGACAAAGUCGAGCGCGUGCGGACGAACUCGCCGUACGGGAACUUCCCCGGGUGGUCCUUAAAGCCGGUGAUCAUCAAAGCCGGGGAUAACUGCCGCCAGGAGCUCCUCGCGAUUCAGCUCGCGCGCGUGUUUCAGCGGAUAUACUCCGACGCCGGGCUGCCGCUGUGGUUGAGGCCGUUCGAGGUCAUCGCGACGAGCACGACGUCCGCGUUCAUCGAGGCUGUCACGGACGCGCCGUCGAUCCACGCGAUCAAAUCCCGCGCGCCGCGGGGGACGAGCUUGAGGCAGCACUUCGAGGCGAAGUUUGGCGGCGGCGGCACCGCGGGGUUCCGCGUCGCGCAGAGAAACUUCGUGGAGUCGCUCGCGGGGUACUCCAUCCUGACGUACGUGUUGCAGGUCAAGGACCGGCACAACGGGAACAUAUUACUCUCGGACGACGGGCACUUGAUACACAUCGACUUUAACUUCAUGCUGAGCACGUCCCCGGGCGGGAUCAACUUCGAGUCGAGCCCGUUCAAGCUCACCAGGGAGUACUUGGAGGUGAUGGACAGCGACGACGCCGGCAUCGCGUCGGAGGCGUUUAACUACUACAAGGUCCUGUGCAUCCAAGGCUACCUCGCGCUCAGAAGGCACGCGGAGCGCAUAUUGCUUCUCGUGGAGAUGAUGUCCGCGUCCGGGACGCCGUGCUUUAAGGCUGGGCCGAAGGUUCUGAACAACCUCCGGAAGCGGUUUAACCUCGGGAAGACGGAGGAGCAGUGCGUGGAGAUCAUGUUGUCGAUGAUCUCGGACAGCAUAGACGCGUGGUGCACGCGGCAGUACGACUUUUACCAGAGGGUGUUGAACGGGAUAUUGUGACGAUUGAUCGUAGUAAAACUCUGUUGAAACGAAAACGUGAAUUGCG